UCUAUUUCUCUUUGUAUCGUCAAUUCAAGCUGGGGCAUAGCCGUUGAUGAAACUGAGAGCUCAUUUGUAGAGUUGUUCAACAACUGUUUUUAUUGUUUACUCAUGCCUUUGCCAUACUAUGUUGUCACUCAUGUCGUGAAAUGCCCACGCUUUCGCCUGAGGAAGGCGGCUUACCUGGGGUGGGCCGCUCGACCCCUCGCUCUGCGGUGCUGGAGUCGCUCAGAGAUUGCGCCGUUGAGAACAUCAGAGGUCGAGCAGUGGUGCUGCCCCACAAGGUUAUCGCCACCUCAAGGCGUCACUCAUCGCUACGGGACCAUCAGCGCAAAGAAGGACCCGGGGCCAAGGACAAGAUCCGUGACCCAGCAACACGCUUUCAUCGCUUGGACGAUCCACAGGUGAGGCUGUACUUUUUGCAGCAGCAUCCUUUUUUUCGGGAUCUGAGCACGUCUUUGCGGGAACGUUUGGCACCACAACUGGUGCAUCCCAGUUGUCCACCUGAUCCAGUCCAGAAUCUGAAGACUGUCACUGAGGGUCGGCAUGUUGUGCGGACAGUUCUUUCUGUCGAGCUGCAUUGCUUUUAUUUUUCAAUUACUGUAUAGAUUUAAUUAGACAUACAGAUUCGAUAUAGUUUGCUAUUUAUGGUGGUAUCUAUAUUAUGUGAAUUAUGUUAUAUUGUCAUGAGUUUAUUAAUGCUGAUGUAUGUUUAGUGUGUUCCACUAGCACGUUCAAAAGUCAAGCGGAUAUUCUCAAAAUCCAAGAGGUUUGCAGUCUUGCUGUUUCCAAGGUCACUGUCGUGGAGCAAAAUGCUGAGCCAGAGACCAAUGGUAUGGACUACCUGUUCGUGACGCCGCCAGAUGGGCACACUACUUUGGAGUUAAUGUUCGAUGGCCGACGAAUCUCCACUUUGAGUGGUAAUGCAGUCUUUGGUCAAGAGGUCGUCUUCGGGGUCACCAAGAGGUUCAUCUUUGGCUCCCGUGUGACCGCCGGAUCGGUGAAUUCGCUGUGGGUGAUACCACGCAAAGUCGUGCAGAAGCUUUUGCAUGCGCACCGCUCAGAUGCACAAGUUCUGAAGCUGCGGGCGCAGGAAGACAUAGUUUCCAUCCUCAAGACCUACUAUAGUACGCCGACGAGGAGUGUGCCCAUACGACUCUUCGAUGCCCAUCCUGCUUUCAAGGCAGCUUUGGUGGAAGAGGUUGAGAUUCAGAUCCUCUCUGCUGGAUGUGUGAUUUGCAAGGAGUUCGAGCUGCAGGACUGGGCCCUCUGUGUUUGGCGCGGAGAAGCUGAUGUCCUUGAUGGCUCAGGCGAAAGCAGCUUCCUACGUCUUUCCCACGCCAAAGGCACUCCGGCAUGGGCAGCAUGGUGGUGUUUGAUCGAGCUUCUUGGAACUCAGAUCACACCUCACAUUAGCCGACAUCCAGUCAAGGCCAUCACGGACUGCAUCGUUUGGAAACUCUUGCCUGCAAACCUCAGGAGGCUACAGAAGUCCUUUCCAGCUGAAUGCCGCAUGCUGGAAAAGGUGGCAAUGUACCAUGCACAGCUCUUGCAGCCGAGAGCAAUGCUGCUGCAUGACAUGCCCUUCUUCCACAACUCUACAGCUUCUUUCCUGGAAGCGCUCCAAACAGGAAGCGGUCGCUCUAUCCUGGCCUCCGGUGAGGUGGUUUACCAGAAGGGCAAGCCCAGCGACACCCGAGAUCUUUAUUGUGUUGCGCGUGGCGUUGUUCGGGUGAUUCAAGCAAAUGUGGACAGUCGGCGGUUGGCAGCGGCAGCUGGACGACAAACUAGGCGCCAAGGAGUUCAAGACGAACUACUUGGGGAAGGCGCUGUCUUUGGCGAGAACAUUGCCCUGGAGUUGAAGAAUACUAGGGCCAUGUCGGUGGUUUCAGAAACCAUCAGCGAUCUGUAUCUAAUUCCAGGACGAUGCCUUUGCGAUGCCUUAGUUCAACACCCCCACGAGAUGACACGCUUUUUGAACCUGCUCGAGGAGCGCGGUUAUGGAGUGCGAUUUCCAGAGGAGCUCUCGGAGAUCGGUCGGCUUUCACGCUUUCCUUUCAGCUUUCUGGAGCGCUUGAAGCAGAUUUGCGCACCAAAAGCGGCCUGUAGUGGUACAAAACUGGUGGAAGCAGGGCAGCAGAUCUCAACUGUGUACCUGAUUUUCCGAGGUAAGCUGUCUGUUGUGCGGGAGGAUGAUCUUUCUCCUCCGAUGGACAUCAAGGCCCCGACCACAGUGGGAACCUUUGCAAUGACCUCCCAGGAAGCGAGAGCAGAGACCACCAUCUUGGUGAACAGCUUUUGUGGCUACUUCGCAGUCGAUGUCACAAAGUUGAGAGCCCUCUUGGAUGAGUAUCCAAACUUGGCUGCUGGUUGGGAAGACUUGGUGGAGGAGGAGCAGCUAGACAGCCAGUCGAUGGCGGAGAGCUUCUCCGGCCGACGAGCCAGUCGCGUUCUGAUUCUCCCAGAGGAUCUCCAGGCUCCAGACGAUGAUGAAGAGAGAGUGAUCAUGGACACCUUGGAGAAACGGUUCGAGGGUGCUGAUGACGAGUUUCUGGACUGUUUGAGGGACAUUUUGGAGAAGAGAGUUUUCAGCGAAGACGAGGUCAUCUUGGCACAAGGAGAUGAUGGGACCUUUGCAAUCCUAAUUGCCUCUGGCUGUUGCACGGUGGAGGUGAAUGGGACCAAAGUGGGUGAGGUGCAGGCUGGUGGGCUCAUCGGAGAGGCGGUCUUGCUGGGCCAGGCAAGCAAGCGCACUGCGACAGUCCGCGCUGUCGGACAGGUGGUGGGUUUUGCCAUCGACCAGCAAGAGAUCGGUCAGAUCUUCAUGGACUUUCCCGAGGAGAAGCAACGAAUGUUGCAGCUUGCCACCUUGCGAACUCAGACAAACAAGGUCCUUGUCGGCAAAGACAGCAAAGAAGACAAGGCUACCAGGUCAUCGACGGCAGACAGGGUGUCGAAGGCGUCCAAAGAUACUGCGAGAAGUUCUGACAGGGAGCACAUCUCACCACGGCGCUUGGGCUCCUUCCUGAAGGGCGAUAGAUCUGAUUCACACAGCAGAACUUCGAGAAGUGACAGGCCACGAGGCAGUGGGAGAUUGGACUUGCUUCAUCGGGAGAGAAGUGCUGACAGCCUAGGCGACAGUGACUCAACCUCCGAGUCUUCGAGGACAUCGCCUGCCGGCUCCAAGCGUAGCUCCAUCCAGAAGCUGCCCAGUGAUGGCCACAGCGAGAAGCGCGUGACUGACUUGGGAUUGCUUCUGCGCGGUGUGCGUGGUGAAAAACCCACGACAGCCCCAGCUGCUGUUGGACGUCAAGCAUCGAGGAAUGCCUUGACACCAGCCUGCCGGCGGUGGGUUGCAAAACGCGCGCGUCGAAUACAAGAGGCGCCCAUCCGAGCAGAAGCGCGGAUGGCCUUGGCUGGUCGCUUGACUCCGAUGAUUCCAAAAGAUCGGAGCUACAUUUGCGUUGAUGGGCGGCCAGCGACGCACAGCUCCAAAUUCAGGACCUCAAGGCAGUUGGGGCUUGGAGGUGUGACGGCCACCGAAGUGCAGCUGAAUCAGGCAACGCAUCUCUAUGGCAAACCUGUUUGGCAUGAGUCUUUGAAGUGAGGGCACGAGUGAUUUGGACCCUUGUGAGCGGGAAUUUGGCUGUGUCCAGAAAAGAAGUGGUUCCCC